GUGUCCACGAAAGAAAGAAAAGUGAAAUCAGCAAAAUGCUUCAAUUAGACAGCAAAAACGGCGUUAUCCUCUCAGGAGUGCUGUCAGUGGUCUUUGCAACUGUCUAUAUACUUCUAAAGAGUGAAUAUUUUUGGUAUAUAUCGAGCGAUCUGGGCUUGCAUGUUUCGGCUUUGCAGAUUAUGGGAAGCAUAUGCCUAGUAAUUGGUGCCAUAAAGAACUGUUAUAAGCUUUUCGUGCCUUGGAUGAUAACCUGUGGAUUCUUCUUGUACCUCAUGGUUUACCUGGGGGUUGCAAUGAUGGUCAAUGGAGAUUGGCUCUUUCUUCCGAUCAUGGUAGUCCCAUUUACAGCGUAUCUCAGUUAUGCCCUGUUCUCGGUUCAAAAGGCAUUCGACAGAAUGCGUAAGGAAGAACCGCCAUCGUACGAAAAUCUGGUUGGGAAAAAGGAUUUUAUAGGCCACAUAUAAUACCUAUAGAGUUGUACAUGAGAAUAUUCUUAUACACACAUACUAUACAUAUGUAUAUCAAUCGUAAUUAUAAAUCUAAUCGGCAGCGCAUUGACGAUUCUUUUUGAAAUAACUGGGUUCUACACUCUGAACACACAUCUUUAUAUUUAUGCCCUUGCUUAGACGAUUGUAGUUUUACACAGAAGUCUCGAUUCUAUAAGGUAAUCGUCAUGACGUACAGAUCAGACCGGACCCAAUCAUGUCUGUAUUCCUCUAAGAUAAGAUACCGCAAAUAAACAAAAAUCGCCCCAUUUGCGAGCUAUGUUUCCUCGA